AUGGCUUCCACUCCCACCACCAAAGAAAUCGCCUCCGAGAUCCCAAACCUCAUCAAGCACUACAAAGAUGGCACAGUCGAACGCUUCUUCGGCUCUCCGCACGUCCCCCCAUCUCUUAACGACCCCGUAACCGGUGUCUCCUCCAAAGACAUCACCAUCUCACAUAACCCCUUAAUCUCUGCUCGCCUCUACCUCCCUCAAAACCAAACCAAAAGGCUUCCCAUCUUGGUCUACUUCCACGGCGGAGGCUUCUGCCUCGAGUCCGCCUUCUCCUCCCUCGACCACCGCUACCUCAAUCGCCUCGUAUCAGAAGCUCAGGUCAUUGCCGUCUCAGUCGAGUACAGGCUCGCCCCGGAAAGCCCUCUUCCUGCUGCUUAUGAUGAUGCCUGGACCGCUCUUCAGUGGGUUGCUUCUCACUCACUCAAUGAAGACGAUCCUUCUCAGAGAGAGCCGUGGCUAGCCGAUUAUGGAGACUUUGAUAGAGUUUAUAUUGGUGGAGAUAGUGCUGGAGGGAACCUUGCACAUAACCUAGCCAUGAAGGCAGGGGUUGAGAGCUUAAAUGGUGCAGUGAAGAUUUUGGGGGCUAUUCUAUCCCACCCGUAUUUUUGGGGGUCCGAUCCGGUUGGGUCGGAGCCUAAAGGUGAAGACAAGUUGAAGUCCCUGCCUUAUCUGGUUUGGAAAUUUGCUUAUCCUUCUGCUGAUGGAGGCAUUGACAAUCCGUUGAUUAAUCCGAUGGUUUCGGGUGCUCCGAGUUUGGCCAGGCUUGGAUGCUCUAGGGUUCUUGUUUGUGUUGCAGGCAAGGAUGAGCUGAGGGAUCGAGGUGUAUUGUAUUAUGAUUUGGUGAAAGGAAGUGGAUGGAAAGGAGAAGCGGAGCUGUUUGAAGUGGAAGGAGAGGAACAUUGCUUUCAUAUCUUGUAUGAGAAAGAGACUGAGAAUGUGAAGAGAAUGAUCAAACGGUUGGCUGAUUUUCUAGCUUUAAUCUACAAAGACGGCUCUGUUGAACGACUCAUGGGCUCCCCAUAUGUACGCCCAACACUAAAUGACCCAGACUUAGGAGUGUCAUCAAAAGACAUCACCAUUUCACAAAGUCCUCUGAUUUCUGCUAGAAUCUUCCUCCCAAAACUCAAUGAGCCUCACAAGAAAAUACCCAUCUUGGUUUACUACCAUGGUGGAGCUUUCUGCGUCGAAUCCGCCUUCUCUUUCGACCAUCACAGGUUUCUCAACAGUUUGGUUUCCCAAGCAGAGGUAGUUGCUGUGUCAGUCGAAUACAGAGUGGCUCCUGAGCACUCUCUCCCCAUUGCAUAUGAGGAUAGCUGGGCUGCGCUAAAUUGGGUUGCCUUGCAUUUUGCUGAUAAUGGCAUCAAUGAAGAGCCAUGGUUGAUCAAUCACGGCGACCCGAAUCGGUUAUUUGUGGGUGGUGAUAGUGCAGGAGCCAACAUUGCUCAUAAUGUGGCAAUGAGAGUUGGGAAAGAAGGAUUGCGUAAUGGUGUAAAUUUAUUGGGAGUGUUUCUUACACACCCUUUGUUUUGGGGCUCCAAGCCAAUUGAGGGUGACCCUUGUGAAGAGCCUGAGAAGGAUUUGGCUUGUUUGGUUUGGAACAUGGCAUACCCUUCAGCGCCUGGUGGGAUUGAUAAUCCAAUGAUCAAUCCUGUUGCUCCAGAGGCACCAAGCUUGGCUGGACUUGGGUGUUCAAGGCUGCUUGUUUGUGUUUCUGAGAAUGAUGAGCUGAGGCAUAGAGGUGUGGGUUACUAUGAGGCAGUGAAAAGAAGUGGGUUUGAAGGUGAAACAGAGUUGGUUGAAGUGGAAGGAGAGGAUCAUGCAUUUCAUAUCUUGAAAUUUGAGUUUCGGAAAGCUAAGGAAUUGACAAAAAAGUUGGCUGAUUUCCUCCUCAGAUCUGCAUUGGCUUCCGCCCCCAAAGAAGUAGCCUCCGAGCUCCUUCCUUUCAUCAGAGUCUACAAAGAUGGCAGCGUCGAACGCCUUAUGGGCUCUCCAUAUGUGCCUCCUUCUCCUUGUGACCCCGACACUGGUGUUUCCUCCAAAGACAUUAUCAUCUCAGACAACCCCAAAAUCUCUGCUCGCCUUUUCCUCCCUCAAACCCUAACAGACCAAAAUGUCCAAAACCAAAAGCUUCCGGUUUUGGUGUACUUCCACGGCGGUGGCUUUUGCUUUGAAUCCGCCUUCUCAUCUGAUCACCACCGCUUCCUCAACCGCCUGGUCUCCAAAGCUCAAGUCAUCGCCGUCUCAGUCGAGUACAGACUCGCCCCGGAAGUUGCAAUUCCCACUUGUUACCAAGAUUGUUGGGAUGCUCUUCAAUGGGUGGCUUCCCAUGCCGGAAAUGAAGACGUGAUGAGCUCUGCUAACAAAGAACCAUGGCUACUCAACUACGGCGACUUCGGUAAAGUUUACAUUGGUGGUGACAGUGCAGGUGGUAACAUUGUACACAACGUAGCAAUGAAGGCCGGAGCUGGGAGCUCGAGUGUGAAACUCGUUGGGGCAUUUUUGUCGCACACUUAUUUUAUGAGUUCCAAGCCAUUGGAGUCGGAGCCGAAAGGUGAAGAGUUCAAGAACUAUGCGCCUUACGUGGUUUGGGGAUAUUUUAACCCGUCGACUCCUGGAGGGAUCGACAGUCCGAUGGUGAACCCGGCGGGUCCGGGGGCUCGAAGUCUGGCUGAGCUUGGUUGCUCUAAGCUGCUUGUGUGUGUUUCUAGCAAGGAUCAGCUGAGGGAUCGAGGUGUUUGGUAUUAUGAUUUGGUAAAGGGAAGUGGGUUUAAGGGAGAAGUUGAGUUGUUUGAAGUGGAAGGAGAGGUACACGCUUUUCAUAUAUUGAGCGAGGCCGAGACACCCAAUGUUAAGAAAAUGAUCAACAAAUUAGCUUCUUUUCUCGUGUAG